CUCGGCUGGGCCCGUCGAUACAUUGCGGUUUGUCUAUCUUGUCUUUUCAACAAGUUCCCCUGCCGGAUUACGUCCACGGGUAGGGAUAAGUGCUGCUCUCCGUGCAUGACGACGACAACAUCUGAGUGCCCGCCAUGUGGAGAUCUGCACUUCCCUGCCCACCGUCCACGAUCUUCUUGGUUGACCCCACAGGCACAGACCGAGAUACCCUUCCUCUUCUUGCUUGUCACCCUCGCGUCGGCACACCUCGGAGCGAGUAUGGACUCAUAUCGCCCCUGCCCACACGCCCGCCCAGGAACACGCCCGCCCUCGUGAUAACCACAAUGUAACGUGCCGUUUGUUCAUAAAAGACAUGCUAUCUCCCAGCCGAUCCCCCGCCGGCAGCAGUGGUCCCUUGUUGCAAGGCACCAGUCUCCUCGGCCUCACCUUCUCUCCUCGAACGGCUCGCUUCCUGACCAGCCCGCCGUCGCCAUCAUGAAGUCCAUCUCUGCCCUCGCCGGGCUCGUCAGCCUGGCGGUCGCCCAGUCGUGGCCAAACACGCCCUUCACCUCUUCGGGCCGUGACAUCCUCGACGCCUCUGGGAACGUCGUCACUUUCGCCGGCGCCAACUGGCCCGGUGCGGCAGACGUCAUGAUCCCGGAGGGCCUGCAGUACCAGAGCGUGUCCUACAUCGUCUCGAAGCUCAAGGAGAUCGGCAUGAACACGGUCCGGUUGACCUACGCCAUCCAGAUGAUUGACGAGAUCUACGACAACGGCGGAACCGACAUCCCCCUGUCCAAGGCGCUCACCCAGGCGCUGGGUGAGGCCAACGGCACGACCGUCUUCAACCAGAUCUUGGCCGCGAACCCAGACUUCAGUACCGAUAUCACUAGACUGGAGGUCUUCGACGCAGUAGCUGCUGAGCUCGCUGCCAACGAGAUCUACAUCGUCCUGGACAAUCACAUGUCCCAGGGAGCGUGGUGCUGCAACACGGAGGACGGAAACUCGUGGUGGGGAGACACAUAUUUCUCACCGGCCAACUGGACCCGAGGACUGGCCUACAUGGCGGAUCACGCCAGCUCAUGGACCGCCUUGACCUCACUCUCCCUCCGCAACGAGGUCCGCCGGCCCGACAACAACGCCACCCUGCAGGAGACGUACAACUGGCAGACCUGGUACAAGAACGUCAAGGACGGCGCGGCCGCCGUCAACGCCGCCAACCCGGACCCGCUCAUCAUCCUGUCGGGCCUCGACUUCGACACCUUCCUGACGCCCGUCGUGCGCCGCACCGCCCUCACCCCCGGCACCGAGAUCUUCUCCCGCGACGACUUCGCCGCCGACAAGCUCGUCCUCGAGCUGCACACCUACGCCAACAACGUCGCCAACUGCGACUCCUUCGAGACGAGCCUGUACAACAACGGGUUCCAGACCCUCAACAUGACCGCCGACGUCGAGCACUUCCCGCUGCUGCUGACCGAGUGGGGCUUCGCGCAGGACGGCUCCACCUACCUCAAGCCGUACACGCAGUGCCUUGCGGAGUACCUCCCUGCGCAGAAGGCCGGCUGGAUCAUCUGGGUCCUUGCCGGCAGCUAUUACAUCCGCACCGGCACGCAGGACUUUGAGGAGACCUGGGGGCUUCUGUCGCACGACUGGAGCGACUGGCGCGACCCGCUGUUUGUCAACAGCACCUUGGCACCCAUGGUUGAGAACACCCUCUCGUGAGAAGUCCCU